AUGAACGAUCCUUCUUUAUUGGGCUACGCUAGCCUAGGCCCGCAACAGCAACAGCAACAGCAACAGCAGCAGCAUGCCGGGCUGCUAGGAAAGGGUACACCAAACGCCCUACAGCAGCAACUACACAUGAACCAGCUCUCCGGCAUACCUCCCCCGGGGCUCAUGAAUAGCAACGAUGUGCACACUCCCCAGAACAACAACUCGCGCCAGUUGCUCGACCAAUUGGCCAAUGGAAACGCGAACAUGCUCAAUUUAAACAUGGAUAACAACAACAACAAUGGCAACAGUAACGGGAUGAUGGUGAACGCCCCCACGGCUGCGGCCAACCCAAUAGGGAUGGUCCCGACCGUGGGCACGCCCGUGAACAUUAAUGUGAACGCCAGCAACCCUUUACUACACCCGCACCUGGAUGAUCCUUCCCUACUAAACAACCCCAUCUGGAAGCUUCAACUGCAUCUGGCUGCGGUUUCUGCGCAAUCAUUGGGGCAACCCAACAUCUAUGCUAGACAAAACGCGAUGAAAAAGUAUUUAGCCACGCAACAGGCCCAGCAAGCCCAGCAGCAGGCCCAGCAGCAGGCACAACAACAGGUCCCGGGCCAAAUGGGCCCACCACCUCAAGCUCCACCACCAGCUUUGCAACCCACGGAUUUCCAGCAGUCCCACAUCGCAGAAGCCUCGAAGUCGCUAGUCGACUGCACCAAGCAGGCUCUGAUGGAGAUGGCCGACACUCUCAUCGACAACAAGACAGCAAAGAAACAACAGCCCACGGGUGAGAGCACCCCCUCGGGCACUGCAGCCAACAGCGCAGUGUCCACACCGCUGACCCCAAAGAUAGAGCUGUUUGCUAAUGGCAAGGACGAAGCCAACCAGGCGCUUUUGCAACACAAGAAACUUUCUCAGUACAGCAUCGAUGAAGAUGACGACAUCGAAAACAGAAUGGUCAUGCCCAAGGACUCCAAAUACGAUGACCAACUAUGGCACGCUCUGGAUUUGUCCAAUCUGCAGAUCUUCAACAUCAGCCCCAACAUCUUCAAGUACAAUUUUCUAACAAGACUGUAUCUGAAUGGCAACAGCCUUACAGAGUUGCCACCGGAGAUCAAGCACCUAAGCAACCUGCGUGUCUUGGACCUGUCCCAUAACAGAUUGACCUCUUUGCCCGUGGAACUGGGCUCGUGUUUUCAAUUGAAAUACCUAUACUUUUUCGACAACAUGAUUUCGACAUUACCAUGGGAGUUCGGCAACCUGUGCAAUCUGCAAUUUCUCGGUGUCGAGGGGAAUCCCUUAGACAGGCAGUUUUUGAAGAUCCUCGCUGAAAAAUCUGUCACCGGAUUGAUCUUCUACUUGAGGGACAACAGACCGGAGAUUCCCUUAGCGCAUGAACGUAAAUUCAUCGAAAUCAAUACCGACGGUGAACCACAGAAAGAAUACGAUUCUUUGCAGCAAUCCACGGAACAUUUGUCCGCGGAUUUGGCCAAGAAGACAUUCAGCGUCUUGUCGUACAACACUUUAUGCCAGCACUAUGCCACCCCGAAAAUGUACCGUUAUACGCCAUCGUGGGCGUUGACUUGGGAUUACAGACGCAGCAAAUUAAAGGAACAAAUUCUGUCAUAUGAUAGUGAUGUGUUGUGCUUGCAAGAAGUAGAGUCCAAGACUUUUGAAGACUAUUGGGUGCCCCUAUUGGACAAGCAUGGUUAUACGGGUAUUUUUUAUGCAAAGGCAAGAGCCAAGACCAUGCAUUCCAAGGAUUCCAAGAAAGUGGACGGGUGUUGUAUUUUUUUCAAGAGGGACCAGUUCAAAUUGGUUACCAAGGACGCCAUGGAUUUCAGCGGCGCUUGGAUGAAACACAAAAAGUUCCAAAGGACUGAAGACUACUUAAACCGUGCAAUGAACAAGGAUAACGUGGCACUGUUCUUAAAGCUACAACACGUCUCCAGCGGCGAUACCAUAUGGGUGGUCACGACACAUUUGCACUGGGAUCCCAAAUUCAACGAUGUGAAGACCUUCCAAGUGGGUGUCCUGCUGGACCAUCUGGAAUCACUACUUAAGGAGGACACAACACACAACUCCAGACAGGAUAUCAAGAAAUCCCCCGUGCUUAUCUGCGGUGAUUUUAAUUCAUACAUCAACUCCGCCGUAUACGAAUUGAUAAGUACAGGCCGUGUCCAAGUACAUCAGGAGGGAAACGGCAGGGACUUCGGUUACAUGUCAGAGAAAAAUUUCUCACACAACCUGGCUUUGAAAUCAAGUUAUAACUGUAUCGGCGAACUACCAUUCACCAACUUCACACCUUCAUUCACAGACGUCAUUGACUACAUAUGGUUUUCCGCGCAUGCUCUUAGGGUGCGUGGACUUUUAGGCGAGGUAGACCCUGAAUACGUGAGUAAAUUCAUUGGGUUCCCUAACGACAAAUUCCCCAGUGACCAUAUACCAUUGUUGGCUAGGUUUGAAUUCAUGAAGACAAAUACGGGGAGUAGGAAAGUAUGA